UGUUUGAUUAGCUCCUCUCAGAAGAGAAAGGUGCUUGGACCUCUUCUUAUUUCUUCUUUAGAAUAAUUUGGAUGGGAUCUGUGAUGCAGAAAAGCUUAAGGAAAAAAGGAUAUCCAUUCUCUGUGGUGGAAAAAUUUUGAAAAAAAAUUGCUUUCUUCAAACAAGGGUGCCAUUUUGAUAUUUAUGGGGAUAGUUGUCCUCACCAUGAAGGCAUCUGUUAUUGAAAUGUUCCUUGUUUUGCUGGUGACCGGAAUACACUCAAAUAAAGAAAUGACAAAGAAGAUUAAAAGGCCCAAAUUCACUGUGCCUCAGAUCAACUGUGAUGUGAGAGCUGGAAAGAUAAUCAAUCCCGAGUUCAUUGUGAAAUGUCCAGCAGGAUGCCAAGACCCCAGGUACCACGUUUAUGGCACUGACGUCUAUGCAUCCUACUCCAGCGUGUGUGGCGCUGCAGUUCACAGUGGUGUGCUCGAUAACUCAGGAGGGAAAAUACUUGUUCGGAAAGUUGCUGGACAGUCUGGCUAUAAAGGGAGUUACUCCAAUGGUGUCCAGUCGUUAUCCCUUCCACGAUGGAGAGAAUCCUUUGUCGUCUCAGAAGGUAAACCCCAAAAGGGUGUAACCCACCCAUCAUUUCUUACAUAUUCAUCAUCUAAAAGCCCAGCUGCCAAAGCAGGUGAGACCACAAAAGCCUAUCAGAGCCCAUCAGCUCCCGGGACAACAGCACAGCCAGUCCCCCUGAUGCAAGUACUGGGGACCGCCGCAGCUGAAGGCACCCACACCACCUUGUCAAAGCCACCCCCAUCUGCAGGCUCUACCACCAGCAGCCUCAGACCACAGCCUGUGGGCCAGAGAAGCCAGGAGCUGGGGGAAACUGAAUUGUGGAAACCUGGAUCGGUGCUUCUAGAUGCAGGAUUUGUUCCAAAAAAAGAAUUAAGCACACAGUCUUUGGAGCCAGUAUCCCAGGGAGAUCCAAGCUGCAAAGUUGACUUGUCAUUUUUAAUUGAUGGGAGCGCGAGCAUUGGCAAACGUCGAUUCCAAAUCCAGAAGCAGUUCCUGGCCGACGUUGCCCAAGUUCUUGACAUUGGCCCUGCAGGUCCACUGAUGGGUGUUGUUCAGUACGGAGACAACCCUGUUACCCAGUUUAAUCUCAAGACUCACAUGAAUUCCCGGGAUCUGAAGACAGCCAUAGAGAAAAUUACCCAGAGAGGAGGGCUUUCUAAUGUAGGCCGGGCCAUCUCCUUUGUGACUCAGAAAUUCUUUUCCAAAUCUAAUGGAAACAGAGGCGGUGCUCCCAACGUGGCCGUGGUGAUGGUGGACGGCUGGCCCACGGACAAGGUGGAGGAGGCAUCAAGGUUUGCAAGAGAGUCAGGAAUCAACAUUUUCUUCAUCACCAUGGAAGGUGCCUCUGAAAAUGAGAAGCAGUACGUGCUAGAGCCCAACUUUGCAAACAAGGCUGUGUGCAGAACAAACGGCUUCUACUCGCUCAAUGUGCAGAACUGGUUCAGCCUCCACAAGACCGUGCAGCCCCUGGUGAAGCGGGUCUGUGACACCGACCGACUGGCCUGCAGCAAGACCUGCUUAAACUCGGCCGACAUUGGCUUCAUCAUUGACGGCUCCAGCAGCGUAGGGACGGGCAACUUCCGCACGGUUCUCCAGUUUGUGGCCAACCUCAGCAAAGAGUUUGAGAUUUCCGACACGGACACGCGGAUCGGGGCCGUGCAGUACACCUACGAGCAGCGGCUGGAGUUUGGGUUCGACGUGUACAGCACCAAGCCUGACGUCCUCAACGCCAUCAAGAGAGUGGGGUACUGGAGUGGUGGGACCAGCACGGGGGCUGCCAUCAACUACGCCCUGGAGCAGCUCUUCAAGAAGUCCAAGCCCAACAAGAGGAAAUUAAUGAUCCUCAUCACUGACGGGAGGUCCUAUGACGAUGUCCGAAUACCGGCCAUGGUCGCCCAUCACAAGGGAGUGAUCACCUACGCCAUAGGCGUGGCAUGGGCCGCACAGGACGAGCUGGAAGUCAUCGCCACUCACCCUGCCAGGGACCACGCCUUCUUUGUGGACGAGUUCGACAACCUCUACAAAGCGGUUCCCAAGGUCAUCCAGAACAUUUGUACAGAGUUCAACUCACAGCCUCGGAACUAAAUUCAGAGCAGGCAAAGGACCAGCAGAUGCCGCUUUCCCGACUGGCUCUGGGACAAUCCCCAACGCUUUAUGGGACACACGUGGGGCAGCAAGGCACUUAGGGCUCGGAAACUGCAUGUUAUUUUUCUUUGCCAGUGUGGUUUUUCAUACUUCGAAACACAGAGUUAGAAAGGUGAUCAUAAAUUUGUAGAAUGAGCCAAAAUGAUACAUUGUUUUGGGAAUGCUGGGGAUUUUACAUUUUGAGAAUUGUUUUCAAAAUAAAAAUUGAGAAUAGAACACAGCACUUACGAAGGCUUAACUAGAGCUUUUGUGAGAUUUGUAACAUUUUUAUUCCCCAUUAGAAUUCUGUAACUC